ACUCUUCAGUAGGAAGCUGUCUCCAGGGCAGGGCCCAGGAAACCUUGCCCUGGCUUCAGAAUCUGUUGGUGAGAUGACAUCAGAGCUCUUCAUGAAGGAGGGGCAGACUCUCCCUCACUUCUGGAGACACCACUUGAUGGCACAGCCAGAAGCAGCAGCAGCAGCAGCAGCCUUUUUCCAUGGAUCCCAUGCAAAUGGCCCAUAUGGGCCCUCGGAAGAAGAAACCCAGGCAGAUGGGUGCCUCAAUGGCUUCCCCUCCUCAUGACAUCAAGUUCCAAGAUUUAGUCCUCUUUAUUUUGGAGAAGAAAAUGGGAACAACCCGCAGAGCCUUCCUCAUGGAGCUGGCCCGAAGGAAAGGAUUCAGGGUUGAGAAUGAGCUCAGUGAUUCCGUCACCCACAUUGUGGCAGAAAACACUUCUGGUUCCGAUGUCCUGGAGUGGCUUCAGGUACAGAAUAUAAAAGCCAGCUCACAGCUAGAAGUCCUCGAUGUCUCCUGGCUGAUAGAGUGUAUCGGAGCAGGAAAACCGGUGGAGAUGACAGGGAAACACCAGCUUGUUGUGAGAAGAGACUAUUCAGCUAGCUCCAACCCAGAGCCCCGGGAGACUCCAGCACUUGCUGUAAAAAAGAUCUCUCCAUACGCAUGUCAGAGAAGAACCACUUUAAACAACUGUAACCACAUAUUCACGGAUGCCUUCGAGGUACUGGCUGAAAAUUAUGAGUUUAGAGAAAAUGAAGGCCCCUGUCUGACAUUUAUGAGAGCAGCUUCUGUACUUAAAUCUCUGCCAUUCACAAUCAUCAGUAUGAAGGACACAGAAGGAAUUCCUUGCCUGGGGGACAAAGUGAGGAGUAUUAUAGAGGAAAUUAUUGAAGAUGGACAAAGUUCUGAAGUUGAAGCAGUGUUAAAUGAUGAACGAUAUCAGUCCUUCAAACUCUUUACUUCUGUAUUUGGAGUGGGAUUGAAAACAUCUGAGAAAUGGUUCAGGAUGGGUUUCAGAACCCUGAGUAAAAUAAGGUCAGACAAAACCCUGAAAUUCACACGAAUGCAGAAAGCAGGGUUCCUCUAUUAUGAAGACCUUGUCAGCUGUGUGACCAGGGCAGAAGCAGAAGCGGUUGGUGUGCUGGUUAAAGAGGCGGUCUGGGCAUUUCUGUCUGAUGCCUCCAUCACCAUGACAGGAGGAUUCCGGAGGGGUAAGAAGAUUGGGCAUGAUGUAGAUUUUUUAAUUACCAGUCCAGGAUCAACAGAGGAAGAUGAACAACAACUUUUACCUAAAGUGAUAAACUUAUGGGAAAGGAAGGGAUUGCUUUUAUACUAUGACCUUGUGGAAUCGACAUUUGAUAAGUUCAAGUUGCCUAGCAGGAAGGUGGAUGCUUUAGAUCAUUUCCAAAAAUGCUUUCUGAUUUUAAAAUUGCACCAUCAGCGAGUAGACAGUGGCAAGUCCGGCCAGCAAGAAGGAAAGACCUGGAAGGCCAUCCGUGUAGACCUGGUCAUGUGCCCCUAUGAGUGCCGUGCCUACGCUCUGCUGGGCUGGACUGGCUCCCGGCAGUUUGAGAGAGACCUCCGGCGCUAUGCCACGCACGAGCGGAAGAUGAUACUGGAUAACCACGCUUUAUAUGACAAGACCAAGAGGAUAUUUCUCAAAGCAGAAAGUGAAGAAGAAAUUUUUGCACAUCUGGGAUUGGAUUACAUUGACCCAUGGGAAAGGAAUGCCUAGAAAAAGUCACCGGCAUUGUUUUCUGUUUUUUGUUGUUGUUUUUUCAGGUUAAAUAAAAUAGGUUUCAUAAUAUAGUGAAAGAUGCCUUAGAAACUUGGGGAUUCUUUCAGUCUUACUGAAAUGCAGAUUGCUUCUAGAAAUAAAUAGUUUUGGAAACAUGAUAAAGUUCCCACCUGGUAAUGGGUUAUGCUCUAAUAGGCCAUUUGUACAACAGUUGCUUAGCGUUCACAAUGCAUGCUGCCAUAGAAAUUGUGUUGUAAUUGGUGGCUCCUUUCCCGGAAGCUCAUCAAAGCCCACUUUGCCCAUAAUGUAGCUGAAACACUGUGUAUUUCCAAUAAAAAUAGGAGGACACAAAA